UGUUCCGUGACGGAAUGAAAACGGAGUAGUGUGCAGUAAUCACGAGGAUAUUUUGGAUUGUUUUUUAAUAUUGUUUAUUGCUUGCAGUAAUUGUGAUUGAGUUUUAACGAGAGAACCAUGUGUGACAAUGUGGACAGCAAUCCAUUUGCUGAAUUGUUUUCAACUAUGGACGAUGCCUUGUCUGCGACGCGCCCUGAGUGUUUCACAGUUAUCAAGAGAAAAGUUUAUUACACUGGGCAACACGGGAUUAAAAAUGUUGACAAUGUUGCGAAAACCACAAAUUUUCAAGACUUCAAAGAUCCUAGAAAGAUCCUUAACUGUCUUCUUGGUGAUAUAUUUGGAAUAACUUUAGAAGCGAACGUACAUGAAAACCGUGAAUUGGUUUUUCUUGACGUUGAUUCUAUCGAACAAGCAGUUUUUCAACGAUUAAUGUUACCUGAUAUUAAAUCCAAAUUAGUACCUAUCGAUUACUCUCAGCAAAGUUUUAGUGAUUCUCAUACAACAGAGGAAAAAGUAAUACCGUAUUUAUUUGAAAGCUACUGUCGAUUACAACAAUAUCAAACUACACUCGAAAUCUCUGAUAUUCUUUGUAAAAUACGUCAGGUUAUAUUACAAAAUGCAAGUGUUGCAUUGCAAGAACCAGAGUUAUUCGAAGAGCAAGAGAUUCACAAUCAAUUUGUUGAAUUAUGCACAGAUACAAGUGAGCCGAAACCAGAACUUGUUUCAUUUACCUACGGUAUCAUUACUGAGUUGCAAGCAGAAAAUGAAAAAAAUGCUACAGAUGCAAUAGCCACGUCUUUUAGACCUAUUCUUGAUAUAAUUUAUAAAGAAGCAGCACAAUGUGAUACUAUCAAUUUCCGUCAAUAUUGGUUUACUAUAUUACAUCUCUUCUCUUCCAUAGAACCUUUAGCAAAAUUGGUAAUUGAUCAUAGUACUCCUAAAAGCAAGCAAGGUCGAGCUUAUGAAGAUACAUUAUUAGGUGCACUUUUUAGUUUGAAUUGUUUAUCAAAAACAAGGACAGAACGAUUCUAUUAUUUUGACCGCCCAUUACAGCAGUCUUCUGCUGGUACUGAAAACUAUAUUUGGACAGCAUUGGGUGCACUAAAUAAAUCACUACAAAAGAUUUUCCAUUUACUGUUAAAAUGCUCUACAGAAGUUCGCCAUUUAACCUUACGGUGGAUAGGCAAUUGCCUUCAUUUAAAUGCAAAUAGAGGAAAAAUUUGGAAUACCCAGAAUGAGGUCCAUUUCAGCCCGAUGCUGUGGGUUUCCGACGGUUUUAUGUUAAAUCUAGGAAAUGUACUAUUGCGUCUUUGUCAACCAUUUUGCAUUGAACCAAACGAAUGUAAAGUACCUAAAAUUGAUCCAACAUACUGUGCAGCAGAGAUCAAUAAUCAGGAGGAUGAAUGUGUAAAUCCGAUUGUACAUUUAAAAGGUAUGUCUUCAGAAACUUGUUUGAUACCAACAUCAGAAGGUGGUGCCAGGCCAGCUGCAAAAACCUUUGGAUUUACUACUGAAUGCUUUUUCUUAACUCACAGAGCAUUAGACCUUGGCUACAGAGUAGUAUUAGAUAAACUUUUAAGAACAAAUCAGAAUCUAGUAAGAAUGCAAAGAGAAUCUGAAGAAGCACUGAGCGGUGGUAGUUCAGAAGUACUAAAAAUAAUAACUCGGCGUAUGGAACAAGAAAUGACCAAAUAUUUAUCUUUAAGGACGAGUCUAUUAGUGCCAGAAAUGUUAAAGCUCUUAUCAAAGUUUCAUGCAACAACAGCAUUCUGGCUAGUGCAAGUAUAUUUAAAUGAUACAAAAAUUGGAGAAAAUGAGCAGAAUGAUUACAUUCCAAAAGAAUGUAAAGUGGUAACGUUCCCUUUACCAGAAGCUGUUCCAGAUACUUUGAGAUGCAUUCCUGAAUUCGUGGUAGAAAAUACCAUUAGAUUUUUGUAUCUAUUGCGUCGUCUGAAUCCAAAUAUUUUUGAGGAGCAAGGGCCAUCUUUCUUGACACCUGUACUAACGGAGAUCAUAGUGUUAAUAGAGUCUCAACAACGUUUAUAUAAUCCUCAUUUACGUGCCCGCUUGGCAGAAGGUUUAGAAGCUCUUUUACCUACAAGCGAUGAACCGAAUUUACUUAAAGUAUUCGUAAGCAUUGAAAUGACUGGACAAAGCGUAGAGUUUGAACAAAAAUUUAACUAUCGACGACCAAUGUACGUUGUUAUGGAGUAUUUGUGGAAAUUACCAGAGCAUCGUAAUAAUUUUGUUUGUUUAGCUGAAGAAGCAGAAGUCAAUAUGCAAGCAGCUCAACCUCCAUUAUUUUUACGUUUUAUAAAUCUUUUGAUAAAUGAUGCAGUUUUUCUAUUAGAUGAAGCACUUUCAAGCAUGGCCAAAUUGAGGCAAUUGAUUCAAGCAAGGGAAAAUGGAGAGUGGAAUAAGCUACCACAACAUGAACGCGACCAACAGGCUGUUUAUCUUGUACAUCUUGGAAUGAUUGCUCGAUUUGACAAUAUAUUAGGUAGAAAAACGAUAUACGCGUUAAAAAUGUUAACUACAGAAAUAAAAUCAAUUUUUUGUCAUCCAAUAAUGGUGGAUCGCAUUGCUUCGAUGCUUAAUUAUUUGCUACUUCAGUUGGUUGGACCAAAUAAAAAAAAUUUGAAGGUGAAUGGACAGACGGAAUAUGCGUUUAAUCCAGCAAAUUUAUUAUUAAAUAUAUGUGAAAUUUAUAUAAAUCUCAGCGAAAGCGAAUCCUUUACACUUGCUGUUUCUCAGGAUGGUCGUUCAUACAGUCCAGAAUUGUUUAAACUGGCCGAUAAUGUUCUUGUUCGUAUUGGUGGGGUUGGUAUAUUAGGAGAUUUGGAUCAAUUUGCAAAAAAUGUAGAGGCGGCGGCAAGUCAGAAAAAAGAGGAAGAUGAAAUGUUAGUUAAUGCUCCCGAUGAAUUUCUCGAUCCAAUUAUGUCUACUUUAAUGACAGAUCCUGUUAUACUUCCAUCAUCAAAGAUAAUUAUUGAUCGACAAACAAUUGCGAGGCACUUAUUAAGCGACCAAACUGAUCCGUUCAAUCGAUCUACCCUUACUAUGGAUAUGGUAAAAUCAGACAUUGAACUUCAACGUAGAGUACAAGAAUGGAUACGAGAGAAGAAAGCAAGGAAAAACGGGAAAUUGUCGUUGGUUCUAAAAGAAUAAAAGUUUGGGAAUUCUGUUAUGGAAAAUAUGU